AUGACCGACUCAGAGAGAAGUUUGGAUAAAGGCAGUGCUGCCCCAGGGCCAGUCCCACAAGGGUUGAUUCGACUAUACAGUAUGCGAUUCUGCCCCUUUGCCCAGAGAGCAAGACUUGUCCUAAUUGCCAAAGGAAUCAAGCAUGAAGUAGUGAACAUCAAUCUAAAGAACAAACCGCACUGGAUGUUUGAGAAGAACCCUUUGGGUCUGGUACCUUUUCUUGAGACAUCUGAUGGGAAGAUAAUCUAUGAAUCGACUAUUGUUUGUGAAUACUUGGAUGAUGCCUUUCCUGGGCAUGAGCUGAUUCCAUCUGACCCCUAUGCAAAAGCUGAACAGAAGAUGUUGUUGGACACUUUUUCUGCACUCACACCUAUAUUUUACAAGAUUUUGAUGACACAGAAUACUAAUAUAGAUGCAACUGAAUUAAAAUCACAGUUCUUUGAGAAGUUCAAAAAACUGGAAGAGGCACUGGCUAAUAAGAACACACCAUACUUUGGUGGUGAUUCUGUGUCAUUUUUUGACUAUAUGGUGUGGCCCUGGUUUGAGAAAUUCAGCUUUUGUGGAUUGGAAGGUCUUUUAGAUAAGACUCCAAAUGUCAAAGCUUGGCAGGAUCGUAUGCUACAAGACCCAGCAGUCAAGGCAACCUUCACUGAGCCAGAAGUCUUCUCAGGAUUUUUCAAGCUCUACGUUGAGGACAGUGUGGAAGCUGCGGAUUACAACCUUAAUUAA